CUUAUCGGUCGAUUAUUCGCACUAGAACACUCGCGCCGAACGGACGACACUCUCCCGCUCAUCGCGGGCAAACAACCGACCGAGCACCUGACGACAGUGUAGAAAGGGGCAGCCAACGAGCCUGGAAAAUUCGAAGAAAACUCGAAUCGAAGCUGGAAUUAAGUGGCUAGCGCGAAUGGACAUCGUGGAGUAUCAUUUUGUGAUUGUGAUUUGCCUUUGAGGACAGUGCGUGCGUGUGCUUGUUGGGUUCGGAAAAUUAGUGAACGAUAGCUUGGAGCUUCAUUGGAGAUCGGCAUCGCGGAGAGUGUGAAGUUCUGUGCAAAAAGUUAGUCAGUUCUCGAGAGCGGUUUUCGGUUCAAUCAGCAUUCCGAGUCUGACUGAGGAGAUUCGAUCCAAUUGGAAAGUUAUCGCCGCGACCCCGACCAAGAAUGUCACCCGGCGAAACGACAACCAGUUCAUCUGAGAACAGCGAAAAGUUCUCCAAUUCAGAUGUCAGCUCCGCAGCAGAUGCGUCCAAAGAAGCUACCACCCCCAGUGAAGGCUCUCGGGAUGAGAGUAGUUCCCGGGACAACAAGCGGGAGGCCAGCUGGCCCUCGGUUCUGUUCUACAUCCAUCUUAACAUUCUAGGAGUAUAUGGAAUAUUUGUAUUAUUCUCUCAUACUUCAGCGAUCACGUUCAUAUUCACAUCUUUUUUAACGCUAUGUGGUAUAUUGGGUGCUACUGCCGGGGCACAUAGACUAUGGGCUCACAAAUGCUAUCAGGCUUCCACUUUCCUACGAUUCUCAUUGAUGCUGUGCCAAACUCUGGCAGGACAGGGCUCCAUCUACGACUGGGUUCGAAUGCAUCGCUUGCAUCACGAAAAGUUUCGUACUCCGGACGACCCGUACUACAGUGACAAAGACUUCCUGCACGCCCAAGUGUUUGCCAACAUCCGCAAAUUGAGCCCCCGGCAGGAGAAACUGCUGGAACAGAUCGACAUGCGCGAUCUGGAGUCCGACAAAAUUGUGAUGUUCCAGAAGCGGUUCUACUGGCUGCUGUAUCCGAUCCUGUUCGUCCUACUACCAAUCAAUGCCCCCCUGGAGUACUGGGGCGAUACCGUGCAAGCUGCAAUUUUCGUAGCAUUUUCGCUGCGUUAUCUGCUGGUGCUGAACGUGGCGUGGUUGAUCAAUUCUGCCCACUUUAUCUGGGGUCUUGACAAGAAUCACAAACAAAGUGAUUCCAAUAUGGUUUUCGUUGUAACGAAGAGUUACUGGCCGCAGUAUCACUAUUUACUACCAUUUGACUAUCAAAGUGGAGAGUUUGGAAAUUAUGGAUCUGGAUGCACUACGGCCUUCAUUCGAGUGUUUGCCGCCAUGGGUAUGGCAACGAAGCUGCAAACCAUGACUACGGAAGCCGUGAAGAAGGGACUGACGAUGGCCGUAGAUAGCGGACGACCAAUUGUGGACUGUUUGAAGCAGGCCGGUGCCGAGGACAUGUGCAAUUUGCAGCGGGAGCAUUAUCUAAAAAAUGAGAGACUUCAUUGAGUGGGGAGCACUGAGGGUUAGAUUUAAGGCGAUGAUAGUUUUUUUUGUACACUGAAAAAGCAUUAAUUUAUUGCAAACAUUUUUUGUUCUAGAAAACCAUUUAAUUUUUUACGAGAAAAAAAUAUUCGUCUGCUCAAA